GAUGCCUAUCGGUCCACGGAAUUAAUUGACUCGAUGGUUGCGGCGCUGCAGGUGUUGAUGGCGCCGAUUACCCCCCAACAAAACGAACGUAAGAAUAACCCCGCAAAAAAAAACGAACGUAAGAAUCGCCUCCCCGUUGUCACUGUCUCUGAGAAAAAAGGAAAACAGCCGCCGCCCUCUGACCCCUCCCCGUUCACAGCCCAGCAUUGUGAACGCAGCAUUUUCCUUUCUGAACCCGUUAAUAAACUAGUCUUCUUCUCCGUCUUUGUGUUUCCCUCCCCGCGGCUUCGGUUACUUCGGACCUUCAUAAAGCCCGGCCUCGGCUCCUCGCUCCUGCCACAGCACAAGCACAGGCAGCGCACCACGCGUUCCCCGGACCAGCCAGCUCCAGCCGAUAACAUCACGUACCACGCACAGAAGAUGAAGGCCAAGAGCGGCGGCGCCGCCGCCGGGGAGAGGAGGCCGGUGCUGUCGAGGACGAUACUGCUCCUCUGCGCCUGCAGCUUCGGCCUCGGCAUGCUCUUCACCGACCGGUUCGGAGCGAUGCCGGACCUGAAGAGCCCGGUGGUGGCGCAGCGGCGGCGGCAGGAAGAGGAGCUGCAGGUCGUUUCUGAAGACUUUGUUGCCAAGACGAAACCAUCUGACGACAGGGACGUGAUGGGGGAAGUCGCGAAGACUCAUGAGGCCAUACAAUAUUUAGACAAGUCGAUCGCCACGCUACAGAUGGAGCUGGCAGCGCGGCGCAGCAAGCAUGAGCUGCUUGAGAGUGCGGAUGGCGUGAUGCAGGACAGGAAGAAGGCUUUUGUGGUGAUCGGGAUCAACACCGCCUUCAGUAGCAAGAAGCGACGGGAUUCUGUCAGGGAGACCUGGAUGCCUCAAGGCGAGAAACUCAAGAAGUUGGAAGAGGAAAAGGGAGUCGUCAUCCGAUUCAUGAUUGGGCAUAGUCCGGCAUCGAACAGUGCCCUUGAUCAGGCUAUAGACGUGGAAGAUGCUAUUCAUCAUGACUUUCUUAGGCUGGACCAUGUUGAAGGUUACCACAAGCUAUCUGCAAAGACGAAGACAUUCUUCUCCACUGCUGUGGCCUCAUGGGAUGCUGAUUUUUAUGUCAAGGUGGAUGAUGAUGUCCAUGUCAACCUAGGAAUGCUCCUCACAACCCUCGGGCGGCAGAAAUUGAAACCCCGUGUCUACAUUGGCUGUAUGAAGUCUGGACCGGUUCUUUCCGACAAAAGUUCGAAAUACCACGAGCCCGAGUUCUGGAAGUUCGGAGAAGACGGGAACAAGUACUUCCGCCAUGCGACCGGGCAAAUAUACGCCAUCUCAAAGGACCUCGCCACCUACAUCUCAGUCAACAAGCCUCUGCUGCACAAAUUUGCGAACGAAGACGUAUCGCUGGGAGCAUGGUUCAUCGGGCUAGACGUGGAGCACAUCGACGAUAGGGACAUGUGCUGUGGAACGCCACCAGACUGCGAGUGGAAGGCGCAGGCAGGGAAUGCCUGCGUCGCGUCGUUCGACUGGAGGUGCAGCGGGGUCUGCAACCCGGUGGAGCGGCUCAAGGACGUGCACGCGAGGUGCGGCGAAGGAGACGACGCGAUCUGGAGCGCCUCAUUCUGACGAGAGAUCCUAACAAGUAUUCAGAGUCAAGAGGUUCUGUCCGGGUAUAGAUGUAAACAGUACAGAUCAUAGCUGCCUGAAGGCUCCCCGAGCGUGAAAUCGGACCGCAACGCAGUUGGGUGGGAGAUGAUGACAAGAGAAGGGAUGACUUCGCAUAUUAUCUGGUGAUGAAUGUAUGAAGGAACAAACAGGAGGAGAAUACCGGACGGACACACCUCAUUCUUUUCUUUUUCUUUCUCUUUUGUAUCUUGUAGAGAUAGAUGUGAUAGUCAUAUACGGAUGCAGGGGCUUGUUUGGGGGUAUACAUGUUGAUCUUCUCCGUACAUAAACAUAACUGUUUUCAAUUAAUUGAUUCAUUUCGUCUGCUACCAGAGUA